AGACUAUGCAGAUUUGCGUCCGUAUGUGUGCGCGCUCAUCGACCGGCCAUUAACCGUGUAUUUUUGGACGUUGAAAUGAGAAAGAAUCCUCAAAAUCACACAGAAAUUACGGAUAUUACGGAAGUUUAUAUUCAAAGGGGCGUCGUUUCCCAUCGAAUAGGCCAUCCUUGCUUGUCAUCCUCCGGGGAUAAAACUUAGCAGCAAUCUACCAAAUAUUUCAAAUUCAAAUCAUCCAAAAUGCAGACGAUAAAAUGUGUGGUCGUCGGGGACGGAGCUGUUGGUAAAACAUGUCUACUCAUCUCAUACACAACAAAUAAAUUCCCUUCAGAGUAUGUUCCAACGGUAUUUGAUAAUUAUGCAGUAACUGUUAUGAUCGGUGGUGAGCCGUAUACACUGGGUCUAUUUGAUACAGCAGGACAAGAAGAUUACGACAGACUUCGACCUCUCAGCUAUCCCCAGACGGAUGUCUUCCUUGUCUGUUUCUCAGUUGUAGCGCCCUCAUCAUUUGAAAAUGUCAAAGAAAAGUGGGUACCCGAGAACUGCGGGACGCACCAUUGUCAGAAAACACCAUUCCUGCUGGUUGGAACACAGAUAGAUCUCCGUGACGACCCAGCGACCAUCGAGAAGCUCAUGAAGAACAAGCAGAAGCCUACGACGGGAGAAGCCGGUGAGAGGAUGGCAAAGGAACUGCGUGCCGUUAAAUAUGUAGAGUGCUCCGCUCUGACACAGAAAGGACUGAAGAACGUCUUUGACGAAGCAAUCCUAGCUGCGUUGGAACCACCCGAACCAGUCAAGAAGAAGAGGUGUCGUCUUCUUUAAGAAUUGAAAGAUCGCGAGAAUAAUCUCUAAAAAUAUCUUAAUGGUCCCCUGCUUGGAGGGACGUGACACCAACCUGAAAUUAACCCCUGACAUACCGGAUAUAAUCACCCCCAAUCAUGUAAACUAUAUGGAUAUACCUUAAUCCGGUAUGUAAGGUGUUAAGGUUUGGAGCUUGGAGGGGGGCAAAGGGGAGAUGAUCGAAGCGGUAUACAGGAAUGGGGACGGGAGUUCUGGUCGAGCUUCCAUUAUAAAGCUUGGUAUGGAUGAAAAAUGGUGUAGCGCUAAUUUCGAGGGUUAUUUGUAUCAUUCUUCCUAGAUUUAUAAUCGAUGCGGUAUACUGCUAGAAAAAUAACAUGAUUAAUGUUGGUAUUAAGGAAUUUGUCUGUUCUUAAGAUGGCCGGGUCGGUGAUCAAAGGUAGACCAGGCUUGGGUUAGAUUGAAGACAAUGUAAAUUUGAAUUUAAAGGUUUUUUGCGGGUGUUAUUGAGAACGUGUGAAAAUUCAAAAAUGUAUAUGUCAAAUUUGUAAUUUCUGCAGAGGGAUAUUAUUCAUCGUUUGAUUUAUUUAAUAACAUGCGACAUCGCAUCAAUUGUGCGUGUGUAUGAUACAGUGAUCUAUCCUUCAAUUUUUGCAAACUAAAAUAAUUUACCUCUGGAUGUGAGGAAAUUGCUCAAAAGCAGAUUGAAGAAACGAAACUUGGUGCCUAUAGUAAUGUAAAUAUCAGCUAGACUUCUGUGCCAUUGUUUCUGUAGAGUUUAGAGAAAAGCCAGUUUUAGUAACAUCUGUGGAGCAAAAGUUUGAUUAAACUUUCUCCACUUUUGUGAUUCACAAUGACAAGAUAGCUUGUAAAAAGAAUAAUUAGACCGAUCGAUGACGAGUGUUUAUGCUUGCGUGCAAGUUUUGAGGUUUUGUGUCAAUAUUUUAUAAGUAUACCAGGGACUACAAAGAUAAUUCUUUUCUACCAAGCUUUUACUUUUCUCUGAGAUGUACAUCAUACGAUUUAUCCUCCCCCGUACUCCAAGUUAUUUCCAUCAUAUGUAUAUUAUCUAACUCCUUUAAGUCUUCUAUUCUAGUAAUGUAUUUACUCAUAUCUUAUUCUCGUUUGUUGUACAUAUAUGCUUAACGUUUAUUCUAGAAAUAUAACUAUCACUAGUGAUGGAGGUGUAUGUGUUAUGUAUACCAACAGGUGUUCGUGCAUGUAGGAGUUCUUUAAGAAAUGAUAGUCCACCCUAACAUCAGGUCGAGCUCAGUAGAUAAAAUCGCCAAUAGACACAUUCAUAUACUUACGUAUAAAUAGACCGUUGGAGCAGGUUUAAAUUUGAAAUUACUUCAUUUGCUGGGAUUUUAAUAUGCAGUCAUGUAAACAUGAAUUGGCAGACUUGUGGGUCUUUGCAUGAAUGCCCGACUUUGUGUGAAAAUGAAAUAUGAAUGUAAAUGGGAAUAUUUUUUUUUCACUAACUAUAUAUUACUCUGAUUCUCUGUUUGUUUUUCUACAUUUUUAAAAAGGAAACUUCUACAUAUUAGGGUGGGCUUAUCCUUUCAAACAGAACCAUUUUGCACGAGUUAGGUGGAUGAUAAGAGAUUUAUAAUGAAAUAAUAAACAAGAUUUACUCAUACUGAUCUUGCAAUCAUCAUGUACUGAUGUAUGCCAUUUGUUCUUGGUAGGUCCUUUUAAGAAUAAGAUAUUGCCUACAUUUUCAUAUUAUGUACAUGUAACUGUAAACUAUUAGUUGUAAACUAGCUGUUGUAAUAAAAAGUUAUAUCAUGCUUUGAUUUGAAAAAAAGUAUAUUUAAUACAGGAAUAUUGUAUGAUCGUUUAAGAUAUAAGCAUCUGUUCUGGUAUGAAGCCAGCUUUUCAAUAGACCAGUUCGUAGUUACUUCAUGGACAAUUUUGGUCAAAUGAUCUUUCAUUUCUUUUAUCAUGAUAGGCAGAUUUCAAAGUAAGAUAUUGCGUAAGCUUGCCUUACAUAGCAGGAUGAAGAAAUUGAAUAGACCAGGUGACUAGAAUAGCACACCAAUGAACACUUUAUGAAGGUAUUUGUUGCAUUCCUACUUUGAAUGCAUGUCAUAGCAUGUUGCACAAUGUACUUGGCAAACUGUGAAAUACCAGUCGUUCGUGGACGCAUUGUUGUUUUUUGUGGAUGUAAAUGAAAACCACAAUUCAGGAAUAUAUGAAUAAUCAAGACAUCAAAGUUGGUGCUUAUCUCAUUAGAAUUUAAACCACCAUGUCACUUUAGUACAAAUGACCUUCCUCUGAUCAUGCGUAGAAUCUUUUGAUCAUGCGCAGAAAGGAACUACGAACUGGCUUAUUGGAUCUCUGUUACAUUUCGGUUUGUAGUGCAGAUAGGUUGACGAUUUGCCAUUAAGACGGUAAUGUUGCGUUACAGUCUUUAACAUUCCUGAAUACAUCUUGCUAGGUCGGGCAAGGCUUCAAUUAGUGUAUGUAUGUGAUAUUCAUUGCAAUCAAGUCUGCAAGUACUUCAAUAUCUCGAAGAAUAAAUGAACGGAGUAGAUACAAGUAUAGUUGAAAUCCUAUUAUAUCCUGCGCGUUUGCUUGUCAAGUCAAGAUAUCAUCAGCUUAUUAGAAAUCUAAUUCUGACCAGACUGUUUCUUAAAAUGUGUCAUUGCAAAAUGUUAUUCAACAAAAUCUAUGAAUGUAACAUACAUUUUGACACUUUAUUGCCUUGGAAAUGUAUGAGCCCUGACACUGAUGCUUAUUUGGAGGCUAGUCUGAAAAUUUCCUUACACAUUCUGUGUUUUCAUUUCUCACAUUGCAUGACUUAUUUUAAAGUUCGUACUUGCUCAAGCAGCAUCGGCAAAAGCUAAAUGGCUGUGAAUACAUGUAUAGACUCAUAGGUGUUCAGUGUGAUAUGGCCUGUGGUGUUUUCACUCGGUUAACGUCCAGUUUUAAAUAAAAUAGAAGAAAAUAUAAGAUGGAAUAUACCAGAUAAUAGAAGAUUGUAGGAAGUUCGAAGAAUGAACUCAUUUCAUGAAAAGAAUCUUGUACAAUUCUGCUACUCUGUUUUUAACAAGUUUGUAUUUGUUAGUACAGUGAUCCACUGUGUAAUCUAGACAUUCCGCUUGUGUAGAUAACCAUUUGUUACUUUCAGUCCAUGCAAAACUCAUAAGAUAU